CUCCGUUUGUUAUUUCCUAGUUUUGGUUGUAGCCUGCUUCCCCUGUCUGCGUUCGUGUACUUGUAUCUUUGGUUCAUCAUGUAUCCCCGUAAUCUCAAUGUCCCUGGACUGCUAUAACAACUCUGAAUUUGGAUUUACACCUAAUAAAUCUCGCUCUUCUCCGCAGACGCGUCCGCCUCCUUACCGCUCAACGUUACAAUUGCGUCUGAUUAAACUGUUCAGAGGAUCAUGGGAGUUGGAGUCCGUGUGGAAGAAACAGGAGUUGAAUCUGCUGUGGUUAAACAUCGACUGAUUGGUGGAAAACCUUGUGGCAACAAUGAACGCCGCCAUCAAGUGUGGGUUUUUCAAGUGACACAUUCAGAAAAAAGUUUCUGUGGAGGAACUCUGAUCGACAAGAACUGGGUGUUGACUGCAGCACACUGCUAUAAUAAGUCAGUGAUCGGAAGUGUUGAAGUCUGGGCAGGUGUUCAUCCAAAGAGAGCAUACCAAAAGUUUAACAUUCAGGCAGGUGACAUCCAUAAAUAUGAUGUAACUGAGAGAACAGGUGACAUCAUGCUGCUCAAACUUCCUGGACCUGUAAGUGGAAUCACUCCUGCUAAGCUUCCUGACUCCUCCUGUCAGACUCCUGUUAAUGGAGAGCAGCUGCAGAUCGCUGGUCACGGAUCUACUGUUAACCGAACUGGUCUGCUUGUACUGCACUCUGAGCUGUAG